UCCAAGCUGAGUGGAGGGGUGCUGACCCUCCCGAAGGAAGCAUAGCUCUGCUUUGCUUGCACAGAGGCUUCCAGAGUGGAGUGAAGAAUGGCUGUGGAACAUGUACAAGGCUCCAGCAAGGGAUUUGUGAUAUUCAGGGAUGUGUCUAUAGACUUUUCUGAGGAAGAGUGGGAAUGCCUGGAUUCAACUCAAAGGAAUUUGUACAAAUACGUAAUGUUGGAGAAUUAUAGCAACCUGGUCUCAGUCGGAAUUUGCAUUCCCAAGCCAGAUGUGAUCUCUUUAUUGGAGCAAGGGAAGGAGCCUUGGAGUGUUUUCAACGGUGAGCUGACAAGGGGCCUGUACCUAGAAGAGGAAACUGAGACACAAAGACUUGAAGUAACUUGUCCAAGGCCAACAACUAAAUAUAAAUCUAGAUGUGAGAACAAGGAAUUAUCUCUGAAAAAGGAUAACUAUAAAAUAGAUUCAUCCCAAUGGGUUAUAAUGGAAGAAUUUACAAAGCAUGGACUUAAACAGGGAUCUCAGAAAAGACAUUUUAGCCACAUCUCUGAACACAUGCCCCCUUUCAGUCAGCAUACAUCUCUUCCUCUACAUCAAACAUUUAAUACCAAAGGGAAAUCUUAUGAAUGCCAAAAAUAUAAAAAUGCCUAUGGACAGGGUUCAAAACUCAUUACACAGCAAGAAGGCCAUACUGGCAAGAAAGUCUAUGACCAUAAGGAAUAUCGGAAGGCCCUUAGUAAAACUUCAAAAGUUAGUUCAUAUCAUUCAAUGCAUGUUGAUAUGAGACCCUAUGAAUGUGAGGAAUGUAGGAAGUCUUUGAAUAAUGGCUCAGACUUUAUACAACACCAGAUAAUUCUUACUAGGGAGAAAUCUAAUGAAUUUAAGGAAAGCAAGAAAGCCUUUACUAAUGCCUCACAGUUUUUUCUACAUCAUAGCAUUCAUACAAGUGAGAAGCCCUUUAAAUGUAAGGAAUGUGUUAGAGAAUUUAAUAAUGGUACAGCUCUUAUUCGUCAUCAGAGGAUUCAUACUGGUGAAAAGCCCUAUGAGUGUAAUGAAUGUGGAAAAGCUUUUACUACUAGUUCAAUAUUUAGAGUACAUCAGAGGAUUCAUACAGGUGAGAAACCCAAUGAGUGUAAAGAAUGUGGAAAAGCCUUUCGUCAUUCCUCAUACCUUACCCAACACCAAAGAAUUCAUACUGGUGAGAAACCUUAUAAAUGUAAGUACUGUGUUAGGGCAUUUAGUAAUGUUUCAGCCUUUAUUCGGCAUCAGAGGAUUCACACUGGUGAGAAACCCUAUGAAUGUAAGGAAUGUGGAAGAGCCUUUAGUACUGGCUCAAUACUUACAGCACAUCAAAGAAUUCACUCAGGUGAGAAACCCUAUUUAUGUAAGGAAUGUGGGAAGGCCUUUCGUCAGUCUUCAGAUCUUACUCAACAUCAGAGAAUUCAUACUGGUGAGAAACCCUACAAAUGUAAGGAAUGUGGAAGGGCCUUUCGUCGUUCAUCAGAACUUUCUCGACACAAGUUAAUUCAUGGUGAUGAGAAACUGUAUGAAUGUAAGGAAUGUGGAAAGAUCUUGAGUAGAGAUUCAAUACUUAUACAACAUCAGAAAAUUCACACUGGUGAGAAAGCCUGGGAAUGUAAUGAAUGUGGGAGAGUUUUUACUUGUGCAACAUACCUGACCCGGCAUCAGCGAAUUCAUACUGGUGAUAAACCAUAUACUUGUAACAAAUGUGGAAAAGCCUUUCUUCGUUCUUCAGACCUUAUUCUACAUCAAAGAAUUCAUACUGGUGAGAAACCCUAUGAGUGUAAGGAAUGUGGGAAGGCUUUUGCAAGAGGCUCAAAUCUUAAUCGCCAUCAAAAAGUUCAUACUGGGAAGAAAUAGUAUGAAAGGAAGCUUUGUAAGACCUUUAAGCAUUUCUUGCAGUAACAUGACAUGAAAGAUAAACCCUAGAAAUGUAAUAGGAGAAAUUCUAAGAAUUUAUUGGUAAGAAAAUCUAGAAAUAUAAUUAAUAUGACAAUGCCUUAUGUGUUUACAGUUUAACUACCAUAAGAAUAAAAUGAAUAUUGUAAGACCUCUAUUAAUAGUUCAUUCCUUUUAAAUUUUAAAAACUUACUAAUCAUGAGUGGAGGAAAGUGAAAAAUCUCUUGUUGCAUUUUCAUAUUUUAAAAUAUUUUUGGGCAGCCCCGGUGGCGCAGUGGUUUAGCACCGCCUGCAGCCCAGGGCGUGAUCCUGGAGACCCCGGAUCAAAUCCCACGUCAGGCUCUCUGUAUG